GUACUAUCACUACCUGUUCUCCCACUACCUGCCUCAGUCUCUGCGGACGCUGGUGGAUCGGACCUCCAACUGCGAGGACAUCCUGAUGAACUUCCUGGUCUCGGCCGUGACUCACCUGCCACCGAUCAAAGUGGCUCAAAGGAAGCAGUACAAGGAGCUGCCCAGUCCACAGGGUACCAAGACCGUCCCCUGGGCCAACCCCGAGCACUUCAACCAGCGGCAGGAGUGUGUCAACACCUUCGCCAGCUGGUUUGGCUACAUGCCUCUGGUCCACUCUCAGUUCCGUCUGGACCCGGUGCUCUUCAAAGACCAAGUGUCCGUCCUCCGCAAGAAGUACAAAGACCUGGAGAGGGCGUAACAGCGCCGGACCAAGCCGGGCAGCACAGAGGGGCUCGACUGGCGGCCGUUUGGAUGACGAGUGGACCAAUCGGUGGCAGAUGGGCGGAUGGCUCGAGGACCGCUGGGACUUUAUAGCAGCUGGGUCCAUUUGUGACGGGGGACAAUCAUCAGACGGGCCCUGGCGGUCUGAUCUGGACUACAGACGUUUGAACAGGAAGGGAAAGGGAUCUGGAAGAGUCUGACAAAAGGCCUCAAAUGGUUCUCCAGGAGUUUCACGGGCCUCCACGGAGUCCUUGUGAUCGGGCGUCUCGCUGAGAAAGGACAAUCUGUGUUUCAAAAAAAAGGAAAGGCGCGAACACUUCAGAUGUCGGCGCUACUCCCGUGACAAUGAGGACGGGAUGGCGGUCUCACGGGACCGGUAUCGGUGCCAUGCACUGUCGAUGUGUGGCUGUGCAGGGACUGUUGCCAAGGAAACAGAUAAUUUCACAUCAAAAUGCUAACUGUAAAACCAAUAAAAUGAUUUAUAAAUGCGAA